GCUCCGUCACAAGUUAUUUUAGGAGGAUAGUUUCAGUGAAGCGUCACUGAUGGCCCGUGAUGAUGCAGAGAUGGACGGUAUUUAAGCAGACUGGGAGCGUUCACUGCCACGUUUUCUAACAGAGCACACAGGCCUGGAUUCAAGAUGCCGAACUGGGGAGGAGGUGCGAAGUGUGCAGCCUGUGAGAAGACAGCGUAUCAUGCAGAGGAGAUCCAGUGUAACGGGAGGAGCUUCCAUAAGACCUGUUUCAUCUGCAUGAGCUGCAGGAAAGCUCUGGACAGCACCACAGUUGCAGCACAUGAGUCAGAGAUUUACUGCAAGUCCUGUUAUGGCAAGAAAUACGGGCCAAAAGGCUACGGAUACGGGCAGGGAGCUGGUGCUUUGAGCUCUGAUCCUCCAGGACACAACAUAGGCCAGCAGCAGCAGCAUGAAGCCAAACCACGCCAAGCUUCCUCAGGCUCCAACGGCAGUAAGGUCUCCCAGAAGUUUGGUUGUUCUGACCGCUGUCCUCGCUGCUCCAAAGCGGUCUACGCGGCAGAGAAGGUGAUGGGAGCGGGAAAGCCCUGGCAUAAGACCUGUUUCCGCUGCCUCCUGUGUCGUAAAGGCCUGGAGUCGACAACAGUGACAGACAAAGAUGGAGAGCUGUACUGUAAAGUCUGCUACGCCAAGAACUUCGGCCCAAAAGGAUUCGGGCUGGGGAAUGAGGCCAUGUUGGAGUAACGACAGUGAAGACUUCUGACUCAACCUCAACCUUCUGUUUUUGCUCAAGAAGCUCAGCCUCUUACCUUUACACUGAUGAUGAUUGUUUCUCAUGAGGGGUGCCAUCUUGGGGUUUAAAAAGCUGAUGAGAAAAUAAACAGAAGAGUCAACAUCUUAAUGUUACUACUCUCUUGAAAACUAGUUUAAUAUCUCCUGUUACAGAAUAAACACAUUUUAUUACCUUAAA